UUAAAAAAAAAAUUUUUCUCCCGUCCCUCCUCCUCUUCUCUGCCGGAAAAAGAGAAAAAAAAAUCCCCUUUUCUCCUCUUCGAUCCUCCAAUUCCUCUUCUUCCGUCGAUUUUUUUUCUCAUCAUGAUGGCGAAGGAAGCAAAAAUAUGAAAUCUUUCGAUCCAUUCUUCCACAAUUUGAAGGGGUUCUCAGCUAUGGAGCGGCGGAGAAAAGAAGAAAAGCGGCAGUCUCUGGAGGAUUUCAGACGCGCAGUAACCCCCUUGUUCUUCUCUGAUUUCCGAACGAGAAGCUAGGGUUUUUGGAAGCGUGUCUCGGAUCUUAGAUUGCCUUCCGAGGGACAACCCCAUCGCCGACUAAGCUUCUGCUCCAUUGCAUUAUGAGAAAGAAGAGUCGAUCGUAGAUAGAGAAAUGGUUCCUUUCUUCAGCCGAUCGAACCCUACUGGAGCUUUUCUUCAGACUUCUUAGGUAUCUGCUUGUAGUUCUAAUUGCAACAAGGAGACAUACAAGGAUUUGAAGUGCAGUUUUGCUUGCAAUGUGGGGAGACAUUUGACAUGAAAGGUAUACUGAAUUGGCAAAAGGAGUCUCUUGAGAACUUGGUCCUGUGUUAUUAUACUGUUGCCGACCAUGGCAAAGGCAAAGUUCUUAUGUUCCCUCCAUUUCUUGAGCACCAUUCUCCUGAUUUCCUCUGUCCCAAUCUCAAACUCCAAAACAGUGGAAACUCAAGCCCUCCUGCAAUUCAAGAGUCAAUUGAUUGACCCUAUGAAGUAUCUUGAAAGCUGGAAGGAGUCAAACACGCCAUGCCAGUUUUUUGGUGUCACAUGUGACUUCAGUUCUGGGGAAGUUAUUACAAUCUCACUUGCAUAUAAGAACCUUUCUGGCAAGAUCUCACCAUCAAUCUCUGCCCUUGGCAGCCUUAAAACACUUCUUCUUCAAGCAAAUUCCAUAUCAGGCACAGUUCCUCCCGAGUUGAACAAUUGUGCUAGUCUUCAGGCCCUCAAUCUCUCGAUAAACAGUUUAACAGGCCAAUUGCCGGAUCUUUCAGGCUUAAGGAAACUGAAGGUUCUUGAUUUGUCAACAAAUGACUUUUCUGGUAAAUUUCCAGCAUGGAUCGGGAAUCUGUCUGAUCUGGUUGCACUUGGUCUUGCUCAAAAUAACUUCGAGGAGGGAGAGAUUCCGCCGAGUAUCGGAAAUUUGAAGAACCUAACAUGGCUUUACUUGGCAGAGUGUAAUUUGAGAGGAGAGAUUCCAUCCUCUAUAUUCGAAUUGAUUUCAUUGGGAACUUUAGAUCUCUCCCAGAACCAAAUUUCAGGGAUACUUCCUAAAGAAAUUUCGAAGUUACACAACCUGUACAAGAUUGAACUCUAUCAAAAUAAUUUGACAGGAGAGAUCCCACCUGAGCUUGCAAACCUUACUAACUUGCAUGAACUUGACAUUUCCCGCAAUCAUAUGACUGGAAGAAUCCCCACUGAGCUUGGUGAUCUUAAGAAUUUCACCGUCAUUCACCUAUACAGGAACAACUUCUGGGGUGAACUCCCCAAAGGAUUUGAAGACUUCCAGUUUCUCAUUGCAUUAUCUAUCUAUGAGAACAAUUUUUCCGGAGAACUCCCAGCAAAUCUUGGCCGGUUCUCACCACUCAACAGUUUGGACAUAUCGGAGAAUAAUUUCUCUGGGGAAUUUCCGAGGUUCCUGUGCCAAAAUAACAAUCUGCAAUUCUUGCUUGCACUGGAUAAUAACUUCUCAGGUGAAUUUCCUGAUUCUUAUGCAAACUGCAAGUCUCUGCAGAGGUUCCGAAUUAGUCAGAAUGGCUUCUCUGGGCGCCUUCCAGAAGGUUUAUGGGGACUGCCGCAUGCCAUUAUCAUUGACAUAGCAGACAAUGGUUUCACUGGAUGGAUAUCUUCGGAGAUUGGGACCUCAACUAGCUUGAAUCAAUUGUGUGUUCAAAAUAACAGGCUCUCCGGUGAGAUUCCAGCUGAGAUAGGAAAGCUCCCUCAGUUGCAGAAGUUAUAUGCUUCCAAUAAUUCUUUCUCAGGUCAUAUACCAUCUGAAAUUGGAAAUCUGAACCAGUUGACGUCUCUGCAUUUGGAGGAUAAUGCUCUCACCGGGCCUAUACCAUCUGAACUUGGUUCAUGCAGUAGACUGGUAGAGGUUGAUCUUGCACAGAAUUCAUUGAGUGGCAACAUUCCAGGAACUCUCUCUCAGUUGGCCUCUCUCAAUUCAAUUAAUCUAUCACAGAACUUGAUUACUGGUCCUAUUCCAGAUAGUUUACAAACAUUGAAGCUAAGCUCCAUUGACUUCUCCAAGAAUCGAUUGACAGGAAGGGUUCCUCCAGGUCUUCUGAUGAUUGCUGGAGAUGAAGCAUUUUCUGGCAAUCCCAGUCUAUGUAUCGAUGGAAAGUCGAGAAAUGGAUGGGACCCGAACUUGGGCAUUUGCAAGAUGGAUAGCAGGCACAAGGACAUCUUGGGUAAGAGACUGGUUCUUGCAUUGAUCAUUUUAUCAGCUAUAUUCGUACUUUUAGCUGGAUUAGCGUUUGUUAGUUAUAGGAGCUUCAAGCUUGAGGAAUCCCAUAAAAUGAAGGAUCUGGAGGAGUGUAUGGACAAUGACUCAAAGUGGAAAGUGGAAUCUUUCCAACCACCAGAACUUGAUGCAGAAGAGAUAUGCAACUUGGAAGAGCAAAAUUUGAUUGGAAGCGGGGGCACAGGUAAAGUUUACAGGUUAGAGCUGAAGAACAAAGGGACAGUUGCAGUGAAGCAAUUAUGGAAGGGGAAUGGAGCAAAAGUUUUGAUGGCAGAGAUAGAUACACUGGGGAAGAUCAGGCAUAGAAACAUACUGAAGCUAUACGCCUGCUUGACCAGAGGGGAGCUUAACUUUCUCGUAUACGAGUAUAUGCCUAAUGGGAAUCUUUAUGAAGCUCUUCAUCGGGAAAUCAAGGGUGUCCAACCAGAGCUGGACUGGAGUAGGCGGUACAAGAUUGCUGUGGGUGCAGCAAAGGGGAUCAUGUAUCUUCACCAUGACUGUUCACCAGCCAUCAUACACAGGGAUAUAAAAUCCACCAACAUAUUGUUGGACGAUAAAUAUGAAGCAAAAAUUGCCGACUUUGGGAUUGCAAAGAUCGCAGAAGAAUCAGACAUAAGUUGUUUUGCUGGUACACAUGGUUACAUUGCUCCUGAACUUGCAUAUUCGCUCAAGAUAACUGAAAAGAGCGAUGUCUAUAGUUUUGGUGUUGUCCUGCUAGAAUUGCUUACUGGCUGUAGUCCUAUAGAACCUCAGUUUGGUGAAGGGAAAGAUAUUGUCUAUUGGGUUUCAACACAUCUCGAUGGCCAGAAGGUUGCAGAAGUUCUCGACCCCAUGGUCUCAGGUUCUGCAGAAGAUGACAUGAUGAAAGUUUUGAAGAUUGCAAUUUUGUGCACUACCAAGUUGCCAACUUUGCGUCCUAGCAUGAGGGAGGUAGUUAAAAUGCUUAUUGAUGCUGAUCCUUGCACAGCAAUUACGAGGGAAAAGAACUACGGUAAGGACUGCUAGUUUUAUCAAGCAGGGCCUUUAAUUUGUAUGAUAGUUAUAGAUGCUUUAGAAAAUUUAAGUUGAUAUUUAGGCAGUGUAGGCCUAAGAUGCUUGUAACUCAAUUCAAUCUAGUCAUCUAAUGUAAAUUACAUGUUCCGAGUAGUCUUGUUUUCAGGUAAAUAGACAUCGGGUUUAUAUCAUGUAUUAUUACAUGUAAUGAUUGGCUUUUCUGUCUAAUGAAAAGCAAUUCUCAUUGUUAUCUA